AGCAAUAAAAAAACAGGGGAGAGAGAGAAAGCAGCGCGGAAGGAAGGUCGGCCUGGCCUGCCUGUUUCGUGUGUCUGAGGAUCUCCUGAUCUCCUCCUGUCCAUCGUCAUCCACCUCCCCACUCUCCUUCCCCCCUCGCAGCCUCGCUCCUCAGUCCUCCCCACUCUCCUCCCUCCGACGCCCCCCCGUCUCUCAUGAUCUGACGGAGUACCCGACGGACGGAACCUCCUCACCGGCGAUGCUACGGAGUAGUACCGAGACUAUGCAGAGCUGACAAGUCCUCCCAAAAUUUAAGUAGACGCCAAGAAUUCAGGCACAGGCGCGCAGCAAGCCAACAGCAAGACGACGAAGCGGAGCAGAGCUACUGAUAAAGAAGCAGAGGAGGGAGCGCAUCCUAUUCCAUGGAGGGCGGCGAGACGACGCUGUCGGGGUUCGGCGGCGGCGCCGGCGCCGCCGGCGCCGGCGUGGACACCAAGGUGCUGCACGCGUUCCAGACGAGCUUCGUGCAGGUGCAGAGCCUGCUGGACCAGAACCGCGUCCUCAUCAACGAGAUCAACCAGAACCACGAGUCCAAGGUGCCCGGCGACCUCUCCCGCAACGUCGGCCUCAUCCGGGAGCUCAACAACAACAUCCGCCGCGUCGUCGACCUCUACGCCGACCUCUCCUCGCUUUUCGCCGCCUCCGACGGCGGCCGCGCGGCCUCCGAGGGCGGAUCCGUCGGCACCGUUCGGCAGGCCGGCGCCGGCCACAAGCGGAUCAGGUCCGGCCUCGACUGACUUCUUGUUGUUCAUCAUCUCUUAGCUAGCUAGCCAGGGACCGACCUCUCUCUCCACUCUUUUGACUUGAGCUGUUCUUGUAUCUAUCGACCUAUCCACUACGGCACUACCUAUCGUCCUAUCUCCCAUUACGACUGCUACUGUUACAUAUGAGCGAGAGCAAUCCUCUCGACUCAUGAUAUUCUUGUAGCCGAUGUUAAUCAUCUUCUUGUUGCUAUGAGCCAGUAUGAGGUAAUGUAUUUUUGAUGCAAUUCAUGGACGAUGCAACAGCAACACAGAGCGUGAGAGAAGUUUGUCUGAAA